AUGUCGUCGGCGAUCGAGAGCGUCAACCCGUACGCGAACAACUCGCAGCUGUCGGAACUCGAGUCCGAGGUGCUGUGGGAGUAUGCAAAGCUCGGCGACAAGAUCCGGCGGAUAACCGCGCUCGCCAAGGACGCGGCCGAGAACCCCAACGAAGGCCUGCUGGCCGACCUGCGCGAGCUCGAAAAGUCGAUGAAGCUGGUUAUUACGCUCUACCGUACCUCCGUGUGGAUGAUCAUCCAGGAGCAGGACCUCAAUAACCAGCAGGAGUGGGAGGCCGAGGAGUCGCAUGAGCGUAGCGAGGUGCCAGAGCACAGCGUGAGCCGCAGCUUCAUCAGCGACGAGGGCGACUCGACUGUCCACUACUAG